UGUUGAAUCUCUGUUGAAUCUCUGUUGAAUCUCUGAAUAUAAAACCAACUUUACCUCAGUAUGUGGACUGGGAGUAGGAUCUGCCAUGGGAAGAAUGGACAAAUAGACUGGGGUUGGAGGGAGUCGGAGAUUGUUCGUUGGCGACAUCUGCCAGAGGAAAGUGUUCUUUGUAUUUGCCAAACAAAUGUUUUCAAACUUUGCACCAUGUUUUAGUAUCUGUCUGGACUAUAUUACAGUACUGUAUAUCCCAAUUGGGGGUUAUAAACUUAGCUUCCAGUUAAAUGUUUGACGACAUUCUUUGGUCAAAGUCCAAACAAUACUAAACAACACUUUUGAAGAGUUACACAAAAGCAAGGGAAGGCUAUUGUUCACAUACAGACAGCAACCUAACAACCUCACUGGGUCUAACUAGUCCUCUCAAGUGAAUGAGAGAGAGCCUUGCCAGUGGAUGAUGGUGGACACUGGUGUCAAACACUUUAACACCCUCCGUAAAAAACAGGACAAGCGUCUGGAGACAGUGGAGGUGACACACUCAGAACCAUGGAAUAAACCCACUUUGAGCAACAACAAUGAGGGCCAAUCGGAAACAUGGGCCCAUUCAGGACCAUGGACCAAACCACUGAGCAGCUCUAAGCAUGGCCUAGAACAGAUGCAGACGUACCAGGAGUGCCUGAAGCUCAUCAGGCAGCUAGCUGAGGAUGUCAAGAACAUCAGUCAGCUUGCCAGAAGAAGGGGGGUGAUGGAUGGUGGAGGUCCCAUUGCGCCUCUGAGCCUGGAGAGCAGCAAGAGUCUCAUUUUCGUGUGGGCGGAGGAGCUCAAUCAGCUAGCACCUCUCCAGAAGACCUCCGCAUCAGCAACCCAUGUUCAAAGCAUGAGAGUUAGGAGGGAUCUGGAUGGAGGGAAAGACAGAGAAAGGAAAAACAGAAGUUUGGAGAGAGAGAAUCAGUUGGUUAUAGAAUGGGCAAAGGAGCUGAAAAGUGUCUCAGAGAUUAGUGGGCUCUCAGAUAAGGACAUCAACCGGCUGCUUUGUCCUGGGGCGAUUAAGGAGCCCAGGCUGGCCAGUGUUCUGCCAUUGCUGGAGUUCUUUGCCUGGUCCCUCCUGUCGCAGGACAAUGAGGAGGACGUUUUGAAGCUGUGGUUGUCGACCAAACAGAGAGCAUUGAGAAAGCCAAAAUACAUUCCUAUUUCAGUAUGGAAUUGGAUUUGCAGUGCUUCGGAUUCAGUGAGCCUGGACCCUUUCAGCAGCCACCCCUGGCUGGCCAUCUCAGAUGACAACCGCCAGGUUUGGGAGGGUCCCCAGAGGACAGACACCGUAAACCAUCCCCAACGCUUCGACAGAUGGUCCUGUGUUCUAGGAAGUCCGACCAUCAGCACAGGAAGGCAUUAUUGGGAGGUGGAGUUAUCAGCCGAAGGCGGCUGGAGACUGGGGGUGACGGAUGUGAACGCACCACGAAAAGGAUUGUUCUCCAUGACCCCAGCAAACGGCUUCUGGACCUUGUGGAAAGGCACCCAGAAUAUUAUUUGGGCCUGCGGAAAACCCCAGACCAAGAUUACUGUCCGUGCCCUUCUACGCAUUGUCGGGGUGUAUCUGGACUUUGAGGAGGGACAGGUUUCCUUCUAUGAUGUAGAAAACAGGGUUCACAUCUAUACGUUCUCUGACAAGUUUAAGGGGAGAGUGGUUCCUGUAUUCGGGUGUCAUGAUGGGGACACAAAGAUCAGCAUCCGGUAUUAGAUGAUGUUGUUACCCCCAUUGUUGUUAGACAAAGCUGCUGUGUGAUGAUUGAUGUGUUUUUAUCAGACAGACAAUGCAAAUACAAAAUGUAUUGUAUCAAAUGACUGAUAAGCAGUUUUCUUUUUCCAAUUACCCUUUUGUGAAAGAAUACUGAAACUUAAUAAAGAGAAAAGUAAAACGUA